GUUUCUGUUUUCUUAAUUUCGUUUUUUUUUAUUGAACGUAAGCUAUAAUCUCGUGUUCUCUUAUAAUCGAAAAUUUUCGCUGUAUAAAUUUGUCCGAUUUUCAUGAUAAGGUCAAAACCUAUUGUGAAUCAUUAGGCUAAUCACGCAUUAUGUCGAGUGCGGAUCGGAUUGACUUUGAAAUGGAAGUUGAAGUCGAGAGUGCAUCAUCGGGGCCCGCGGCGGAGCCCCCUAAUCCGACGUCGCCGUCAGCACCCAUUGCAGCUGCAGACAACAAGAGCGUGGUAGUUACUACCGCGACCUCUGGUUCUGUUACCGUAUCCCUUCAUCCGUUAGUUAUUAUGAAUGUUUCCGAACAUUGGACUCGACUUCGAGCACAAGAGGGCUCACCACAAACCGUAAUUGGAGCUCUCAUUGGGAAGCAAAAAGGUCGUAACAUUGAAGUUAUGAAUUCAUUUGAACUAGUGUUCAGUAUGAUUGAGAAUGACAUUAUUAUAGAGAGAGAUUAUUAUAAUUUAAAAGAAGAACAAUUUAAACAAGUAUUCUCUGACAUGGACUUCCUGGGCUGGUACACCACAGGAGACACUCCCACGGAACGGGACAUUGCUGUGCAUAGGCAAAUCUGUGACAUCAAUGAGUGUCCCGUUAUGCUAAUGUUAAACCCGGCUGGACGAAAUGGUGAUCAACUUCCUGUAGUAUUGUAUGAGUCUGUGAUUGAUGUCGUACAAGGCAGGGCUACAAUGCUCUUAGCUCCGCUCACUUACACAUUAGCAGCAGAGGAGGCAGAGAGAAUUGGUGUCGACCAUGUGGCAAGGGUGUCUUCAGGAGAAGCAGCUCUUAAUAGUUUAGUGGCCGAGCACCUAACUGCACAGCGGUCAGCUAUAAAGAUGUUGGUGUCCCGGGUGCGCGCGGUGCUGGCCACGGUGCGUGCCAUCCGUGACGGCGCGCUGCCGCCGCGGCCGGGCCUGCUGCGCGAGGCGCGUGCGCUCGCCAACCGACUGCCUCUCCUAACCUCGCAGCAGUUCCGCACGCACUUCUAUCAUCAAUGUAACGACGUGGCGCUCAUGACAUACCUCGGCACCAUCACGAAGGGGUGCAACGCUAUCAACCAAUUAGUAAAUCGAUUUAAUGUACUUUAUGACAGACAAGGAAUGGGUCGUCGUAUGAGAGGACUCUUUUUUUAAACAAAA